AUGCCCGUAUCACCGCAGCACCGCCGCUUCGUGCAGCAGCACUACUUGGAGUACAGCGAGCGGGAUGCGGGGGUGUCGCACCUGUGGCACGCGCAGCGGCUGGCGGAGAUGCGGCUCCGCGCCGGCAAAGGCAUCACUGACGCCCCCGAUGUCGACUUCCGGCACCCGGAACUGAUGGACAGAAAACAGGCGCAGGCCGGCGCCCUCAUGACACGUCUGCAGCGCCGAGUGCUGGGCGAUGAGAAGCGUAUUGUGAAGGACAACAGAUCUCUGUACGAGCAUAUUCUUAAUGUGAAUGAUGCGGCACACCGCGAGCGUCAAGGGAUUAACAACCUGCCCUCGAAAGGGGAGCUGCGGAAGUGGUACCGCAAGGACGAGCACAUGCUAUCGCGUCUGCGGGACCGCAAGAAACAGGCAGCCGACACUCAGGAGGGGAACCUCCUCCUCAUGCGGUUCCUCGUGAAAACACAACCGACGGUGGAGUCAGCAAAGCAACUAUCCCGGUGGUACCACGAUGAACACAAGAAGCGUGUACAACAGCUCAGUCGUUUUAAACGAUCAGAGCCGUUUGCCGGUGCCAACGUGCUCCGCACAGAGUGCGGGGUGAGGUUGACUAAUGACAAGGCCGGGUUCGUGGAGCCGAACACGGCUGCGUUGGGCCCGCCGGUGUGGCGGCAGCUCAAGGUGCCGACACUUAUGGAGACACUUCACACCGGCCCGAUGCUCCCCUCACUGCAGGAGGCGUCGCAGCGAUAUGUCCACGGCAACGUCGACACGGAUGCGGAGGAUACAUUUGCCGCAUCGUGGGCGUCGACGCCGCCGCCGCGACCGGCGAAGAAGCCGGAGUGGAAGAACAUAUCUGCCCUGGACGUCACGCUGAUAAACUACGCGAAUGACAUGAUGCUGUCACGCGGCGGGGAUUUGCCAAUUGUGCGUCGCGAAGAGGAGAAUGCCGUCACUCGUCUUUGGCGCGAGGGUGUCGAGGAGAGACACCGCGUGAGUGAGCUGGAGGAAUGUGCUAGGGCGAAGUGGGCUCCUGACGUAACGGGCGAUGCGAUGAGAAAGGGCAAGCGUGUGUUGAGUACCACUGUGAGCUGGGAUGCCAAUCGGUGGAAGUCGAGAACAAGUGUCCUUACGCUGCUGCGUGAUAGGCGAAGUCCCACAUCAUCAGGAAGACGAUCGCUGGGUUCUGCUGCUGCUCUUGCUGCUGCCGAUCCCAGUGAUCGGCGAUGCAGCACCGCCACAUGGAGCGAAAAAAAAGACAGACCUCAUCGUUCGCAGCCUUCACUCUCAAUAAUUAUACCCGAGGAUGAAGGAGAUAAUGUGGGCCCGAGAAGUAGGGAUAUACCACCAGUGUUUGGAGGGGAGAAGCGAGUCUACCAGUCACGUGCUGACGAAUUACCCACGACCGAGCGCCAGGGCUACAAGCCACACAGUGACACCAAUCAGGUCUACAAGCCGCGUGCUGACGAUGACUGUGGUGAUGAAUUACCCACGAUAGAGCGCCAGGGCUACAAGCCACACAGUGACACCAAUCAGACCUACAAGCCGCGUGCUGACGAAGGCCAAUAUUGCGAGGUCGAAGUUGAUGUAGUAGGUGUCCCGACUUGUGAGAGCUACCUGGAUACCCGACGUUCUUUGGCGGAUUGGACCAAAGAGUUGCGGCAGUCAAGUGCACCCUUUGCGCCGUACUAG